UCGAUAAGUAGCGUCAUGCUCAGUGUGAGCUUCUUAACGCUGUUUACAUGGCAUAAAGUGUGUAUGUCACCGAUAUUUUCCUCAGUGUUCAAUGAUUGUUUGAUAUGGAAAUAUCGCGAAUAGGUUGAUAUGUCUCUUGACGUUCCCAAUUGGAAGCGGUAUUAGACGUAUUAUUCUUACAAAUUUGCGCAUUGCAACAAACACUUCUAUUUUAAUUAAUAUAUAUAGAUAGGAAUUCAAAAUUACAUUAAUAUGGCACUCCAAAAAUUUUUAUUAAAUGGUGGAUUAGUGUUAAUCGCUAUGAGAAUUAUUACUCUUUCAAAUGCUAACAAUACAGAAUAUGGACAAAUUGCUAAUAAUACACAACAUACACAAUAUAAACUAGUUGAUAACAAUACGUUAGAACAUGUAUGGAUUGCUACAAUACCGAAUAGAAACAAUACAGAACCUAAAAAAAUAUUGCUACGAAUUUCUCAAAAUACAAAACAUAAAAUAAUUCCUAACAAUACAGCAUAUAACCAAGUUGCUAACAAAACGAAAUAUAAACGGAUUGCUAACAAUACAGAAUAUCAAGAGAUUGCCAACGAUAUGCCAUAUGAACAAAUUGCUAAUAAUACUAAAUAUAAACAAGAUGCUAACAAUGCGGAAUAUGAUACCAAAUAUACCGAGAUAAAUUCUAAUUUGUCGACUAAAGAUAAUGAUGAAUAUGCAAAUGAAUAUAACAAAAUUUUAAAAUUAUAUCAACAAAUAACUAACAAUACGAAACAUGAACGAAUUGCUAACAAUGCAGAAUAUAAACAAGUUGCUAACAAUACGGAAUAUGAUACGAAAUAUACCGAGAUUAAUUCUAAUUUGUCGACUAUAGUACCGUUCCAUUAUAAUGUCGAAAUACUACUUUACUUUAAAGACAAUCUUUUAUUCGGUGAAUGCAGUAUUAAUAUAAACAUUAGCCGUCAAUUGGAAUAUAUAAAGCUAAACUCCGUACCCAUUCGUAUAAUUGAAGCAACCUUGAUUGCUAAUAAAAAUACAAGUGUGUAUCAAUUUUCUUCAUUCACCAACUAUAACAACAUUCUUACUAUUAAUUUUGAUGAAGAAGUAUCUCCUGAUACAUACACUUUAAACGUGACAUAUAUGCGUGUAAUACAUAAAGAUAGAAAUUCAAUCCAAUCUGUAUAUCAAGACAAACUAGGAGAUAAAAUGUUGAACCAAAUAGGUGUCGAAGUAAUGAAGGCCCAUCAACUUUUUCCGUGCAAGGACGAGUUAACGAGCAAUUCCACAAUUAAGAUUGCCAUCAAACAUGACGAAAAAUAUACAGUUUUAUCGAAUAUGCCUAUUCGAGUACGAAAUAAAGCUGCUAAUAGCAUGAUGUGGACUGACUUCGACGAAUCUUUACCAAUGCCUGUGCAACGGAUAUCGUUUGUGAUAACCACAUUUACUAAUGUUUCUAGUCAGUUUGCAAAUGUUACCAUAUGGUGCAGACCAAGUGUUUGGAUAUAUGUUCUUUAUGCAAAAGAUGUUCUCGAAAAAGUUGUGCCAUAUUUUAAAGAAAAAUACAUGCUAGAAUUAUCGAAAUUAGAUAUUGUUGCAGUCUGGCAUCGUCACGACUAUAACACUACGACAUUGGGACUCAUUUUUCUAAGGGAAGCAGAUAUUAUUUAUAAUGAAGACUUGCAUUCCGUUAUACGCCGAAGGGAAGUUGCGCACGUGAUAGCGCGUCAAUUGGUAUUUCAUUGGUGUAAUGAUGUGUUACUUUGGUCGAAAGAAAGUUUUGCUGCAUUUUUUGGAGCGUAUAUCUUGGAUCAGGUUGUUUUAUAUCUUUAA